UGUUCACCACCAGCUCGCCGGCAGCCUCAGGCCUCAGCUCGCACAGACAUCGCCGCGAAGGUCAGAGAAUGGCGGACAUCGAGGUGUCCAGGCCGUCGAAGCGGCUGUCCCCGAAGCGCAGCGGCAGCUUCAAGCUGAGCCUGCCCGGGCUGUUCUGCGGCCAGUGCAAGGCCACGGCGGUGUCGUCGCCGCCGGACUCCCCCACGGGCGGCGUCGGGUCGGGUGCGCGGUCGCUGUCGUCGUCGUCCGCUUCCGCGUCGGCGUCGUCCUCGGGCACCUCCCGCGGGCGCGACCGCGUGGCAGAGCUCCGCGAGAUCUUCCGCCACUUCGACCGCGACAUGGACGGGCGCAUCUCGGGGCGGGAGCUGCGCGAGUUCUUCGCGUCCAUGGGCGACGGCGGGCUGGCCGCGCUCGGGCAGGGGCUGGACGGCGUCGGCGGCGGCGGCGGGGAGGACCUGAUGCUGGGGUUCGAAGACUUCGUGCGCAUCGUGGAGAGCAAGGGCGGCGAGGAGGAGGAGCGCGAGGACCUGCGCCGCGCCUUCGAGGCGUUCGAGGCCGUCAAGGGGUCCGGCCGGAUCACGCCCCGGGGGCUGCAGCGCGUGCUCAGCCAGAUGGGCGACGAGCCAUCCGUGGCCGAGUGCGAGGCCAUGAUCCGCGCCUACGACGACGACGGCGACGGCGAGCUCGACUUCCACGACUUCCACCGCAUGAUGAGCCAGGACUAGCUAGGACUUAUUCUUCUUUUUCCUUCGUUCAUUCGCCUUUGCCUUUAAUUUGAGUCCUGAUCGAUUCUCGUGUGUUACCUUUAGAUUAGAGGCCGUUAGUUCUUCAGUUUGUUCGUGUGGGUCGUGGUCUGCGUGUGCGCAAUGGGCGCGCGCGAACGCGGCGUGGGUUUUGGGACGUGCCGCCUGUGUGUGUGCUUGGAGCUACUGGUACGUGUGUUAUGAGUGUUCUGGAUGUUGUCACGUGCUGCGUGCAUGCUGUUGUUGACGUCUCA